ACAACCAAACCAAACCAACCAUCGUCAAUUCAUCAUCCCGCAAGGCGGGGAAGAAAACUGGAAAGAAAUAUUUGCACGUUAGCCCCUAGCGAAUAAAGAUCCCGGGGUGACGGAAAGCCCCCUCGCCGCGUUGGGAUCCGUCGCCAUGGGGACGGCGACGAUGGCCACGGCGUUGGGCGCGGCCAUGUUGCUCUACUUCGUGCUGAGCCGGAGGCUGGCGAAUCACGAGGAGGCCGCCGGUAGCUCCGGCGGGGGCGGAGGAGGGAAAAGGCGGAGGGGACGCGCGGCGCGGCAGCCAUCGCAGCCGCCUGCGACAUGGAUGGAGGCGGUGGGUACGCUCGCCGAGACGCUGCGAUUCACCUACUCGGAGACGCUCGGGAAGUGGCCCAUCGGGGACCUCGCCUUCGGGAUCAAGUACCUCAUGCGUCGCCAGGGCAAUCUACAUGUCGCCGGUGUAUAUGCUGGAAGCAAUUGCAUUGAACUUAAAGGACCUGAAGUCAUGGAAGAGUUGAUUGUUCUACGACGGCUAAUUGAUUUAUGCUUUCUUUUCUCUAAGAAAUCAUUCCCAGUUUUCCUAGAAUUGGCUGGAUUUUCACAAGUGGAUGUUCUCAUUGAGGAACCUAAAGCGGGGAUUUUAAAGCCAGCUCAUACAAUUCUGCGUGAUGAGUGCACAAAAUCCUUUCUUGUUUUGAUACGAGGCACUCAUAGCAUGAAAGACACACUAACUGCUGUUACUGGUGCUGUAGUACCAUUUCACCACUCAGUAUUAGAUGAGGGUGGUAUCAGCAAGUUAGUCUUAGGGUAUGCACACUGUGGGAUGGUUGCAGCAGCACGCUGGAUUGCAAGAGGUAUAACACCAUGCCUCCUUCAAGCCGUCACUCAGUGCCCAGAGUACCAAAUAAAGGUGGACACUUCUUACUUUUGGUUAUGGUUUCAGAACUUUUUCAUACUUAGUUUGAUCUUACCUGGGAAUCUUAUUUGCUCUUUAAGAUUAUUUCUCGUCAUGAUAUUUUUAAUUACUUCUAUAACAAACAAGUCAAUUUACCGUGGGUCUGUAUGCUGGCAACAAAAGACUCCAAAAUCAAAAUACUGUCAUACAUAAUUCCAUAUCCAUAUUACCAUGCAAAUCAACAUGAUUCUGGCGAUCCCAGGCCUCUGUUUUGUGUAUAAGAUGGCUACACAUUUGGCACUAGUAAAGAGUAGCAAAGCUCUAAUCCUACAUGCCUGGUUGUAUUGUUAUUUUAGUAAGAACAGUAGGGAACAUCCAUGUUCGAAUAUAUCAAUUAAGAAAUUAAUUUACAUAAAAGUGGCAAAGCUCAGUAGCCUAAGCAUCUCAAAAUAAACUGAAAAGUGAAUGUAAUAAAACCCAGCCCUGCUACCCAAAAAGAAAAUUACAAACAAAUUUAAAUUUGCGCUAUGUUAAUGUACCUUGAUAAGCCAAUCAUCUCUCCAUCAACUUAUCCAACUUCUAACCAUCAACCAGUUGUUCGGGAACUGCACACAUUGAACAUUCUGUUCGGAAUUAAUAUACAGAUUCCCCAAGAAAAAAUUGUUAGCGCCAUCAUGUUUUAUACCUAAUUCAAGCAUAUCAAAAACUUUGUGGUCCAACUUAUCUAAAUCAAGUUUCAGCUGCCCUCACUCUGUUCAUGUCCAAGAAAAGAUUCAUCCAUCUACUUUAUCACAUUAUAAAUUGUGUUGUGGGAAAAUAAAAUGAUUACACCGGUGUUCGUCCCUAGCCUUGAGUUUUGAGAUAGAGCCCCAGUGUUAGGGAUGCCGACGCCGGUGAGGAGAUGCUGCAGCGGGGAGCAGAGAGCAGGGUGCUUGCGCGACGCCACCGGGUUGCGUGGACGGGGCAGAGACGGCGAAGGCAAGGAGGGAACGGUCGUUGCUGGACUCGGUGCAAUGAGAUGAGGCAGAUGCAGCGAACACGUGGGGGAGGAGGGGGGGGGGGUGUCAGGGAGUGCCCUGACGCUCAGGCUGUAACUGUGGUUGCCGGCCGGCUCUAUAGCAAGGGCGCGUAGGGGGCGGCGAGGACUGUCGCCGAACUUGUGCGCGUGUGGAGGGACGGCUCAUGGAUGGCUGAGGUUCGUCAGCGAUGUCGCGGUGACCUUGGCCUUCACUGGCGAGGGUGCGUCAUGUCUUCACUUGGGAAGAGCUCCAUGCACUCCAUCAACUUCAUCCAUCAGCACCAGCAUGGGGGCAUGCUGCGUCUUUAGGAAGGGGCAUUGUCACGACCAACCUAACGACCGAAGAGCAAAGGAAGGAAUGGAAGAAGCAAAGCCAGAAUAAGAAGACUACGAAGAGAGUAGCGCAUGCUCUUUUGCGCCGCUAGCGGGAAGCCCAAUCCCAUGCAGAGCACAAUGGCACAAUACUAAAGAAUGCCCCAGGGCAGUGAUGUUAAAUAGCUGUUGUCGUCGUUGUCGAGAGACCAGUUUGUAUCAGGGGCAGAGCUAGAUGGUAGACAUGAAUUUAUAUCAUAGCAAGAAAAAUCUAAAUAUUUUCUUUUAAAGGAUAGUUUCACUGCUGGCCCACCCUGACUCAUUGGGCUAGAUCCGCCACUGGUUUGUAUCUAGCUAUUGCUAAACCACUCCUACCUGCUCCUCUUUGUUCUUCCUCAAGAACUUGUGCUUCACAUUACCUGUAUCUUGGCGUGGUACCAAGGUGCUCGGAUAUGUAAUAAUCAAAAUUUGAUCCACUCUGUAUCCCUUUAUAGUGUUACAUUUGGCAUCAGAGCCUCAGAUCCCACCUUAUUCUUUUCCUCCCAAUUUUUUCUGAGAGUUGAGAGCAUAUCCCCAGCAACCCACCAAAAUCCUUUGCUACUAUUUGGUUGUGAAACCGAGUUUCUAUGGUAUCUCUUGAUUCUUUGACGUAGGAGCUUAUGCAAGGUAUGCUGUACUUAUUUUAUAAAUUGAACCCCACCGUCGCCUCCCACACUUUCCUUGAGGAAAGGCCUCUGCUCUGUACUCUCCAGACUCUCUUCUCUCUCUGCCUCGCCUCCAAUCAUUGUCGUUGCCUGCUGACAACCGGUUGCCGAAGCUGGUUGCCUGUGCCACAGGCCACAUGGCACUCCGCCUGGCCAUGCCCCUGCAUCUAGCCCUAGCCCCAGCCCUUGUAGUUGAGGCCUGAGGCGUGGUGAUGGCUCAUUGGUUAUGUGGUUGCAUGUCUGAGGAACUAAUCCUAUCGUGCAAUGAUGCAUGGAGCGAUGGGGAUGGCACACUCGCAUGAGAGCGGCCCCAUGGCCGUUGCAUAAGGAGAUGACAGCGCUCUCAAAGCUGGACAGAGACUAUCCUAGCGUGUGACGUUUGUCUAUCCUGAAAGCUGCUGUCGUCGCCUCAGUCGGCAGAUGGCAUGAGGUGGCAGAGGCAACGGUUGCUUUGUCGUCCAACGCUAGGAGCAUGAAGCAAGCUCGAGCAGCGGGUAUGACUGUUGAGGUGACAAUCUGGCAAUGGCUUCUGCCUCAUGCUGUUAGAUGCAGGAACACCUGCCUGAUCUCUUCCAAUUAUGCAUGCAUGACAGAAUUUUUCUGGAUGGGCUGAAAGAUUGCCUAAAGAAAUGCUGUAUCAGGCAUUGCUUGAUUCUGGUUUAAUAGGUUGGAUUUCGGAUCGUAGAGGAAAAAAGGGUUUGAGAAACAGACCAAGGGAUCGGUAGCCUGCUUGUGUUUUGCUUCUGGAAAUUGAUGAAAGAGAGACAAAAACAGAUAGGAGGUAGACGCGCUGGGACCCACAUGAGGAUUGGUUUUUCUAUCCUCGGCUCACAUAUGUGUGGUAUUAGAUUUAUAAUUAACCAACAUUUGGUUAUCCAAUCUAAACUCAUGUUCAAAGUUAAUCCAAUUUAGUUACUACUAUUGAAAUGCAACUAAGACCUUCAAAAUUAGUACUAUUGGAAAAUUAAACAAACAUAAGUAUUUUUUUCCAUAAUGCAAUGUUGGAAGGCAUCUUAUAUUGGGGUUCAUAUUACAUGCGAUUUUCGGCUGUACAUUGGAAAUUAGAUAGUGCUUGGAUUAUAAUAAUACGUAAUUCUGCAUUUCCUUGUGUUUAUAGAUUAGAUGACAAUUGACAGUGGAAAAACCUGCAUCCUCCAUGUACUCCAGCAGGCUCACUCUGCCCACAUUGGUCCACCGGCGUGGCAAAUCGCCCAUUUGCUCUAGUUUUUAUGUAAAGUCCAGUUAAAUAAUCUUUUGUUGUCGAUAGUUUCACCACCGCCAGCUUUUUUGGUUGGCAAACAAACAAUAUCCAAGCAAUUAAGCCAAUGGCGUAGCAAGGAUUUAUCGAAGCCCAGGGCUGACUGCUAGAGGCCCAACCAGAGGGAAAGAUAAUGGGCUGCGCUCCAGGCCAAAUGUGAUACCCACUAAAAUAUAGGCUAGGGAUCCUAAAAAAAAUCUACAAUAUAGGCUAGGAAUUUUCCCACGCCCCGGGCCUGCCUGGGGCUCAGCCAUGCUUUUGCAUUAAGCAUGACCCCAUCCGAAAAAUGUAUAUCAGAAAUGGCAAUUAUCUUUAAUUAGGAGUAAGAGUUUACUGUUGUAAUAGGUAAUGCAAACAUGACUAAGUUAACCAUGGUCAGUCUCCCUCCUUUUGGUGAGUAUGUUGCUCCUGUUAGGAAAAUAUGCCUCAUUGUAUUAUCAGUAGGCUGAAGCCAUCAUAUAUACAUGUGUAUAUGUACAGGAGGGAGGCCAGAAUGCAAAAGGCCAAAGGACACCAUAAAUAUAACUCUAACACCCCCCUCUCAAACUCAUGGUGGAUCCACAACACUGAGUUUGGAGAGGUAAAAUCCACUUUGCGCUCUAGUCUGUGCCUUCUUGAAGAAGUCCGCCAAUUGUAACUCAGAUGGCACAUACCGAAGAGCAACAACAUGAUCCUGGACACCAGCACGCACAAAAAAAGCAUCAACCCCAAUAUGCUUGGUAAGCUCAUGCUUCACGGGGUCCCGUGCAAUACUGAUAGCUCCUGUACUAUCUGACAAGAUGUCUGACAAGAGAGUAGUUGGUGUAGUACUAGAAACACCAAAAUCCUCUAGCAACCAUCAUAGCCAAGUCACAUCUGCUGUCAAUAGAGCCAUAGCUCGCAACUCAGCCUCUGCACUCGAAUGGGAAACUGCAGUCUGUUUCUUUGUCUUUCACGCAAUGAGAGAACCACCAAGAAAAACACAGUACAAAUAGUGAACGGCGAUCCGAGGGAUCACUAGCCUAUGUAGCAUCUGAAUAGGCCUGGAGCUGUAGCGAGCUGGAACGGGGAAAGAAGAUGAUGAGAGAUCGUGCCACGAAGAUAUCAUGGAACACGAAGAAGGUGACUGUAGUGAACUGAAGUAGGAGCAGAAACAAACUGACUCAGAAUAUGGACAGGAUAUGAGAUAUCCGGACGAGUGACAGCGAGAUAGACAAGACUCCAAACAAGAUGACGGUAACAUGUCGGAUCAGACAAGGGCUCACCAUCAGAAGCACGAAGAUGAACAUUGAGCUCCAUAGGAGUCUCAACAGUGCGCUCAUUACUAAGAGCCGCACGAGAGAGAAGAUCCUGGAUAUACUUUUCUUGGGAAAUAAAGAAGCCAUCAAAGGUAGAAGAAACCUCAAUCCCAAGAAAGUAGCGAAGAGGACCAAGAUCAGACAUAAGAAACUGCUCAUUAAGACGUGCCUUGACAAAAGCAAUGUACUCAGAGUCGUUACCAGUGAUGAUCAUGUCAUCAACAUAUAGAAGAAGAGUCCUACCACGAGCAGAAAGGUGGA